AUGUCAAUCAUCGACCUUGGUGAAUCAGUCCCGGCGCUCACGCCUCAUGCCACGAGUGUUUCCCUUCCAAAAUGGGCGGACAACGUUGAAUAUGAGCAAGGAAAGGAGAGAGUUCUGAAUAGAAUGAUAACUGGUUACCCACGUUUUUUCGUCCACAAACUCAUUGUUGCGUUCGCUGAAGACAUUGUCAAGCAAAAUGGCAGGCCUGAUCAGCAGGCAAUGUUGUUCCCGUCCACAAGAACUGCACAAAGAUGCGUAGCCUUUAUGCACUCGCGAGAUCCAGCAAUUACUGCAGACCAGAUCCAUUUGGUUGAUUUGGUUCUGGACUUGAGUCGAACGAAUUCUGAGAUCUUGAAGAAACUUUCCCCAUCCAUAUCUGCUGUCAUCUUCCCCAAAGAUUUGUUUUCUUUAGCCAAGCAAUACUGGCAGCAUUCAGGUGAAGGAGUCUCGAGUAGACGUGCCGAGUUCUGCCAUGGCCUCUACCAAGAAGGGAUAUUGGUCGAACAAACAGCUCUUCAACCAAUUGCCAAUGGUUUCGUGAAGGGUCCGAGAAGAUACCAGAAAGGUUCCAUAGACAAGACGCCACCCAAAGCAUACCAGAAUGGAAGUGCGGCUCCCGGAUCCAAUGGAGCAAUCGGUUCCGCCGAAAGCCGGGAGAGUUCACAAUUCCUAGAGGAGCGUUUUGGACGCAAUCUCGAUGUCUCGUUCGUGGAAAAUGCCAAGUCAGCAAUCCGACGCCGUAUUGCGGGCUCACUGAUGGGGGAGAUAGACUUGGCCACAGUGCCGGCUCUCGAUACUGGUUCAAGUACACGUGGAGUGGCCAGUCUUUCGGAGAGUGACGUUUACCUCUACCCUACUGGAAUGAAUUCUAUAUUCUCCUCACAUCGAAUGUUGAUGCAGGCGAGGGGUCCCAUGAAGAGCAUCUCAUAUGGCUUCCCUUAUGUUGACACGCUAAAGAUCUUGCAGAAAUUUGGCCCCGGCUGCAUCUUCUACGGAAAUGGAGAGCCGGAAGAUCUGGACGACCUAGAAUCUCGAUUAAACUCAGGAGAGAGGUACCUCGCACUGUUUUGCGAGUUUCCAGGGAAUCCCAUGCUGAAGUGUCCUGACCUUCAGCGGAUACGGAAGCUAGCAGACGUAUACGAUUUUGCUGUCAUUGUCGAUGAGACGAUUGGCAACUUCAUCAACGUCCAUGUUCUCCCAUAUGCCGAUGUAGUGGUUAGCAGUCUGACCAAGAUAUUCUCUGGAGAGUGCAAUGUUAUGGGAGGCAGCUUGAUCCUCAAUCCCGGCAGUCGGUACUACCAGGCAAUGAAGGAAGCUAUAGAAGCUGAGUACGAGGACAACUGCUGGGCAGAAGAUCUAAUCUUCAUGGAGCGGAACAGCCGCCACUUUGUUUCAAGAAUCGAGAGGAUCAACGAAAAUGCCGGGCUGAUUUGCGAGAUCCUGCGAGCACACCCAUUAAUCCAGAAUCUGUACUACCCGAAAUACAACCGUUCGCGGCCAUUCUACGAUGCGUGUCGUACACCGAAUGGCGGUUAUGGAGGUCUUCUCUCUUUCACCUUCAAAACGACGGAGCAGGCAAUAGCGUUUUACGACCGGAUAGAAACAGCGAAAGGUCCAAGUCUGGGAACGAACUUUACACUGACAUCGCCUUAUGUUAUUCUGGCGCAUUACCUGGAGCUCGACUGGGCUGCACAAUUUGGCGUUCCAGCUGAUUUGAUCCGUCUCAGUGUCGGUCUGGAGGAUGCGGAGGAUCUGAAGUCGAGGUUUGCAGUUGCUCUGAAGGCGGCCGAGAUGGCUACCGGCUGCUCGUGA